AUGACCUGCUCUUGCCCAGAGGCAAUGUCUGGUGAAACCACCGUGGAUGCGUGGACCGUCGCUGGCUUCAAGGCCCGUGAACUGGCAGACCGGCCAACCGACAGCUGCUCCUUGGCCACCACAAGCGACGGCUGCUCGCCGGUCGCAGUGCCGGAGGUGCAGGCAGCAGGCUGCCAAUAUCGCAGGGAUCUGCUUCUGAGCUUCCGGUCCUUGCUGCCGACACAACCUGCUGGCUGCGCCUUGCCGUGGCUGGUGCCCACUGAGACGGUCUGGGAGCCCUGGUGGCGGACCCCGAAGCGGCGUACACGACGAGCGGAACCGAAGUUGCCGGAGGACGCGCCUGCAGGAAAUCCGGCGGAGGCGCAGGCGCAGGCUCCUGAACUGGUCCAGGAGGUGCUUCCAGAUCUUCCACAGCCAGCACCUGAGGACCAGGACUUCCUCGCGGCUUCGGUGCGCUCCAGGGGCCGUAAACCGCAGGCUGCCGUUCAGGCGGUAAGUACGGGUGAGUACUUAGCGGUGUCAAAGCCUGCCCCGACAGUGCAUGAUGCGCACUGCAAAGAGUCGGACGAGAGUGAGGUGAUCAGCUCGCCCUUGUCGGGAGAGGAGCCAUGGUCUGCGGCAGUGGACACUGCACCGAGGCAUUUCGAGAUCAGUCCACGUCGCAGAGCCGAGGCGGCCGAGGCGGAGGUCACCCGCCUCCAAGCUGAGCUUGAAGAGCUUCAAGGCACCCUCACCAGGGAACGAGCCCUGCGCGAUGAGGCGGAGGCCGCCCAGAGCCGAACAUCAAAACGUCUGAGCAGCGCAGAGGGGCGCGCUGCGCAGCUGGCAACGCAGCUUCAGCGAUGUAAAGUUGAAAGAGACGAACUCCGGCGCCAACUGCAUGAGAAGUCCGAGAUCCACGUGGAGCUUACACGGAAGCUUCGCAAAGUGCAGGAGGCCAAUCGCUCCCUGGACAGUGAGCUCAACAAGACGGAGGCGCUGCGCCUCGCCGCGCAGAAUCGCGCAGCAGCCGCGCAAGAGGCACGCGGACAAGCGGAGGCACUGCUUGAUUCUCUGCGGGAUCUGCUCCGGAACGUCGAUGAGGUUGACAAUGCCGAAGCUGCGGCCAGCCUCACAAAGCUCAAGGAGCAGUUGGAAGGCUUUGCCGCGGAGCCUCAACUUUCAGCUCCCAAAACCAAAGAUCCCGAGGCUGAGGAGGAGCUCCCUACUGCCGGUGGCCUGUUGCGCGAGUGGGCCUCUGUCUAUGACAACGCAGAGGAUUCUCGACGAGAUGCCCCUGCAGGCCCCGUGCUGCUGCAGCAGAGGAGCCCCAGCUGGAACAAGGCCACAAAGCCGCGAGAGGUUCCCAGCUCCUCACCACCCAGUGCACGGGGAGCUGGCGAGCAGCUGGCGCAGCUCUCACUGCGUGACCUCUCCGAGAUCAAAGCCUUGAAGAAGCCUCCUCCUCCAAUCCGCAUGCUGAUGGAGGUGUGCUGCCUGCUUUUCCACAUACAGCCAGUGAAGCACUUGGACGAGCAAUGCGUUCACCAUCGUUUACGGACCGACUACUGGGAGCCGGCUCGGCGGUAUCUGCUGUCGGACCCGUUUCUCCUUUCCAAACUUCGAUCUCACGGCAAGGACAUUGGGCCUUCUCAGCGAGCAAAGAUCAAGAAGUACUUCAAGGAUCCGGAGUUCAGUGCGGAGCGGAUGCUGAAGUGUUCCCGAGCCGCAUUCGAGCUCUACUGCUGUGUUUCGCGCUUGAUGGAGCUGGAUGA